AUGCCUGUCGUCGAUGUGCACACCCAUAUGUACCCACCAGUCUACAUGGACCUUCUACGUUCACGACAACAAAUACCAUACGUACGAAGUUUUCCAGAUGAUCCAGCAGCAGGGGACCGUCUAGUCAUCCUCCCAGCAGAAGACACAGCUUCCACCUCCCGUGGUCGACCAAUCGGAUCAGAAUACUACGAUGUCAACGAGAAACUAUCAUUCAUGUCCAAACACAACAUCGACAUAUCAGUCCUCAGUCUAGCAAAUCCAUGGCUGGACUGGCUACCUCCUGACUCGGCCGCAGAAACGGCUAGAAAGGUCAACGAUGAUGUGGAGCGGAUGUGUUCUGAGCAUGAAGGGAAGCUAUUUGCUUUCGGCACUCUCCCUCUAUCUGCUCCAGCCGAUGAGAUCGUUGCCGAGAUCGAUCGACUGGUCACUCUUCCCCAUCAUCGUGGGAUAGUGAUGGGAACCUCAGGGUUAGGUUCUGGUCUUGACGAUCCAGAACUAGAUCCCCUCUACGCCUCGCUAGAGAAACACGAGCAAAUGAUCUUCCUCCAUCCACAUUACGGGAUGCCUACUUCUGUCUACGGGCCCCGAGCAAAUGACUACGGCCACGUUCUACCACUUGCCUUGGGCUUCCCACUAGAGACGACCGUGGCGGUGACCCGGAUGCUGCUCUCGGGUGUAUGGGACAGGUUUCCAAAUCUGAAAGUGCUGCUGGCACACAGUGGCGGCACGCUACCGUUCCUGGCGGGGCGGAUAGAAAGCUGUAUAGCACAUGAUGCUCAUCUGAAGAAGGAAGGGAAGCUUAGGGCGAGACGAGAUGUCUGGGAUAUAUUGAAGAAGAACAUAUAUCUUGAUGCUGUGAUUUACUCCGAAGUCGGGCUGAAAGCUGCCAUCGAUGCUUCUGGUGCUGACAGGUUGAUGUUUGGCACGGAUCAUCCUUUCUUUCCGCCUCUGGACGAAGGCGAGGAUGAGUGGCUGAGUGUGAAGUCGAACUCAGCAGCCGUACACACCGCGUCUUCCGGCGAUUCGAAGAUGGCUUCUGCUGUCAUGGGCGACAACGCAGUUCGAGUACUUAGGCUGCACAGCUAG